CAUUAUAUAUCAAAUUAUAAAACCCUAGCUUAGCUAUUUCUUCUCUCUUCCCAAUCCAAAGCCAUGAAAAUAAUUCACAUUUUCUCACUUCUUUUGCUACUUUGCACCAUAACAUGUUGCCAUAGCAGCAGCUUCAACGUGCAGUCCUACGGCGCGGCGGCGGGCGGCGAGACGGACUCGUCGGAGGCGUUUUUGGCCGCGUGGGCGGCCGCAUGCGCCCAUCCCGGCGGCAGCGCCGACGUGUACGUGCCGCCGGGGAGGUACGUGUUGGGGAGCGUGGUCUUCGACGGGGGACACUGCAAAAACGGCGCCGUGACGUUCAGAAUGGACGGCGCCGUUCUUGCGGCCCCCGCCGACUACCACGCGAUCGCGAGUAACCAGAGUUGGAUCCAGUUCUUCACCGUCACCGGCGUCACCGUCGUCGGCGGAACCCUAGAUGGUAGAGGCGCGAAGUUGUGGGCAUGCAAGAGCUCCCGCAAGAAAAAUUGCCCGGAAGGAACUACGACAUUGGCUUUUUAUCACUCCAGUCACAUUGGUAUUAGAGGAUUAACGUCACAAAACAGCCAAAAAUUUCACAUUUUGGUUUACGGGUCCGACAAUGUUGAAUUCCGAGACGUUACCGUCUCAGCUCCCGAUAAUAGCCCCAACACCGAUGGCAUUCACGUCCAAUUGUCCUCUAAUGUGAACAUAUAUGACUCUACCAUUGGCACCGGCGACGACUGCAUCUCCAUCGGCCCGGGCAGCUCCAACCUGUGGAUCCAGAACAUCACCUGUGGCCCGGGCCAUGGCAUCAGCAUUGGGAGUUUAGGUUGGGAGAUGGAAGAGCAAGGAGUAAAAAAUGUGACAGUUUCAGGAGCUACAUUAAGGGACACAACAAAUGGUUUCAGGAUUAAAACCUGGUCAAAGCCAAGCCAUGGUUUUGUUAGCAACAUUGUUUUUGAGCAUGGAGUCAUGCAUGAUGUCCAAAACCCCAUCAUUAUUGACCAAAACUACUGCCCUACCGGUAGUUGCACUAGACAGGGGUCGGGGGUGAAGAUAAGUGACGUGAGCUACCAAGACAUACGAGGAACAACAUCGAACAAUGUGGGAGCGAGUUUGGAUUGUAGCGCCAAACAGCCAUGCGUCGGCAUCAAAUUAAACGACGUCAAUCUCACGUCCAAAGACGGGGAAGCCCCGAAGUCCUCUUGCGCUAACGCCCACGUGACGGCGUUCCAUUCCACCGUUAAAUCAUCCAGUUGUGCCUCAACCCCAUCAUCUACUAGGAAGCUCAAGCAGUCGUAGCAUAGUAUGUAGUGUGUUGGAUUAUCAUGGGCUAGCUAUAUAUAUACACACACAUAUAUAUAAGCACCUAGAAAUUAGUUAAGGAAUGUGUUUUUUUUUUAGAUUUUUGUCUUUCUUUUGUCGAAGACUUAUAUAGUCAGUAGUUUGUAGUUUUUAGUUAUAAUAGAAUUUAAUUCAAACUUUUAUAUGGAGGAGUACAAUCUUUUUAAAUAGUGCAUGAGUUACUUUUUUUUUUGGGGGGGGGGGGGAGAAAAUAAAAGAACAUGACAUUU